AUGUCCAGUACACCGGGACUGAAUGUCAUUGAAAUUAUUGAUGUUGACGGUCGUCUUCAUUGCCUCAAUGGAUCUAUAAAUCCAUCUUAUUGGUUAAAAAUGAUCACUUUGGCAACAGAUUUUCAAAAUUACAACGUCUUACUUAUGAUUAGCAAUAAUGGACUGGUAUUGAAAACAAUAAGAGAUAUAGCACCUGGAGAACCAUUAUUAAUGUGGUUUGCAGAUUGUAUUUUGACGAUGUUAAAUAUUCCAUUUUUGACACCGGUAAAUUGCAAUAUUCAAGGUCAGGUUUAUAUGUGUCAUAACUGCAACAGUUGUUUCGAUUAUCCAAAUCCUCUGAAACUACACUUGGCAUUAGAUUGCAACCGAAUGGACAAUAGCUAUAUUUGGGUACUUUUAGCGAAUAAGAUCAUUGAUUCUCCGAGAACGGAUCUAUCCUUCAGCCAACAUUCAGGAAGAAGCUUCGCAUUCGAGCUCAAGCCUCUGCCUGUGUCUAAACCAAUAAUAUCACCAAUUCCAGCAUACUCGGCGCAAACGAUUGACAACACUACCCGGUCAUUGAGGAAUGAUUCACCUUGUUCUUCAAAUCAACUAUCAUCAUCUUCAAAUGGUCCUUCACCGAUACCCCCAUAUUCCGCGAUAAAAUCUCCAUCGAUUGAGAUUUUACCAAGUUCAUCGUCCUACGAAUCACCCAUCGAAAAUGUAACGGAAAGAAAUCGCUAUUUAACUUUAAGAUCCUACGAGGCCUUGAUGCAUCGGAAUAUCCAUAGAAGUAAUUUUAUGCCCUAUAGCGUGCAUCCCGGUGUACGAACAGAAUCUAAGAAAAAAGAUCCCGCGGAAGUAGAGACACUCGCCAGUGACAUGGGAAAAUGCGGUGCAGGAUAUAGAUGUAUAUUUUGCGAUAAAAUUUACUCGAGAAAAUACGGCCUCCGUAUCCACAUCAGGACGCAUACGGGUUACAAGCCUCUAAAAUGCGACUUUUGUCAGCACAGAUUCGGAGAUCCUAGUAAUCUCAACAAACACGUGAGAUUGCAUGCGACAGACGACAGUCGUUACAAGUGCAAUAUAUGUGGCAAGAUCUUAGUCAGAAGAAGAGAUUUAGAAAGACACAUAAAUUCCUGGCAUUCGGAAAAAAGUGACGCUAAUGUUCCCAAUGUCGAAAUCACUGACGGAAGUUAG